AUGCCGCGCGGCGCCACCUGGGCGCUGCUCUUGGCCGCGGCCCUGGGGCUCGGGGCGCGCGGCGUGCGCGGCGCGGUGGCCCUCGCCGACUUCUACCCGUUCGGCGCGGAGCGCGGCGACGCCGUCACCCCCAAGCAGGACGACGGCGGCUCCGGGCUGCGGCCGCUCUCCGUGCUCUUCCCGUUCUUCGGCGCCGAGCACUCCGGCCUCUACGUAAACAACAACGGGAUCAUCUCCUUCCUGAAGGAGGUUUCUCAGUUCACCCCAGUGGCCUUCCCCAUCGCCAAGGACCGCUGCGUGGUGGCGGCCUUCUGGGCGGACGUGGACAACCGACGUGCGGGCGACGUGUACUACCGGGAGGCCACCGACGCAGCCACGCUGCGCAGGGCCACAGAGGAUGUCAGGCGCUACUUCCCCGAGCUCCCAGGCUUCUCCGCCACCUGGGUGUUCAUAGCCACCUGGUACCGCGUGACCUUCUUCGGAGGCAGCUCCUCUUCCCCCGUCAACACGUUCCAGACCGUGCUCAUCACCGACGGCAAGCUCUCCUUCACCAUCUUCAACUACGAGUCUAUCACGUGGACUACGGGCACGCACGCCAGCAGCGGGGGCGACGCCGCUGGUCUGGGGGGCAUCGCGGCCCAGGCCGGCUUCAAUGCGGGCGACGGGCAGCGCUACUUCAGCAUCCCCGGCUCACGCACGGCGGACGUGGCGGAGGUGGAGAGCACCACCAACGUAGGCGUGCCCGGGCGCUGGGCGUUCCGAAUCGAUGAUGCCCAGGUGCGCGUGGGGGGCUGCGGCCAUACAACCUCCGUGUGCCUGGCCCUGCGCCCCUGCCUCAACGGCGGCAAGUGUAUCGACGACUGCGUCACGGGCAACCCCUCCUACACCUGCGCCUGCCUCUCGGGCUUCACGGGGAGGAGGUGCCACCUAGAUGUGAACGAGUGUGCUUCCCACCCGUGUCAGAACGGCGGGACCUGCACGCACGGCGUCAACAGCUUCAUCUGCCAGUGCCCGGCCGGCUUCGGCGGCCCCACCUGUGAGACAGCACAGUCUCCAUGCGAUGCCAAAGAGUGUGAGAACGGCGGCCGGUGCCAGGCGGAGGGCGGCUCCGCGGUGUGCGCGUGCGCGGCCGGCUACACGGGUGCGGCCUGCGAGACGGAUGUGGACGAGUGCGGCUCUGACCCCUGCCUGAAUGGAGGGUCGUGUGUCGACCUGGUGGGGAAUUUCACCUGCCUUUGUUCAGAGCCCUUCGAGGGACCUCGCUGCGAGACAGGAAGCCACCCAGUGCCCGACGCCUGCCUCUCGGCCCCCUGCCAGAACGGGGGCACCUGUGUGGACGCAGACCAGGGCUACGUGUGCGAAUGCCCCGAGGGCUUCAUGGGCCUUGACUGCAGGGAGAGAACCCCCAACAGCUGUGAGUGCCGCAAUGGUGGCAGGUGCCUGGGGGCUAACACCACCCUCUGCCAGUGCCCUCCGGGCUUCUUUGGGCUCCUCUGCGAAUUUGAAGUCACGGCCAUGCCCUGCAACAUGAACACGCAAUGCCCCGACGGUGGCUACUGCAUGGAGUAUGGUGGGAGCUACCUGUGCGUCUGCCACACCGACCACAACGUCAGUCACUCACUGCCGUCCCCCUGCGACUCAGACCCCUGCUUCAACGGAGGCUCCUGUGACGCCCACGACGACUCCUACACGUGCGAGUGCCCGCGGGGCUUCCACGGCCGGCACUGCGAGAAAGCCCGGCCGCGCCUGUGCAGCUCGGGGCCCUGCAGGAACGGCGGCACGUGCAAGGAAGCGGGCGGCGAGUACCGCUGCGACUGCCCCUACCGCUUCACCGGGAGGCACUGCGAGAUCGGGAAGCCAGACUCAUGCGCCUCGGGCCCCUGUCACAACGGCGGCACCUGCUUCCACUACAUUGGCAAAUACAAGUGUGACUGCCCCCCAGGCUUCUCGGGACGGCACUGCGAGAUAGCCCCCUCUCCCUGCUUCUGGAGCCCAUGCAUGAAUGGGGGUACCUGCGAGGCCCUGGGGACAGACUUCUCCUGCCACUGUCAAGCAGGGUACACAGGACGCCGGUGCCAGGCAGAGGUGGACUGCGGCCCGCCCGAGGGGGUGACGCACGCCACCCUGCGCUUCAACGGCACCCGGUUGGGCUCGGUGGCCCUGUACUCGUGUGACCGAGGCUACAGCCCGAGCACCUCCAGCCACAUCCGCGUCUGCCAGCCGCAGGGCGUCUGGAGCGAGCCUCCCCAGUGCCACGACAUUGACGAGUGCCUAUCCCAGCCGUGCCUGCAUGGGGGCUCCUGCCAGGACCGCGUCGCUGGGUACCUGUGUGUCUGCGGCCCGGGGCACGAAGGAGCCCUCUGCGAGCUGGAGACAGACGAGUGCCUGACGCGGCCCUGCAGAAACGGAGGCUCCUGCAGGGACCUCCCGGGGGCCUUUGUCUGCCAGUGCUCCCCAGGCUUCGUGGGAGUCCACUGCGAGACAGAGGUGGACGCCUGCGACUCCAGGCCCUGCCAGCACGGAGGCCGGUGCGAGAACGGUGGCGGGGCCUACCUGUGUGUCUGCCCGGAGGGCUUCUUCGGCUACCACUGCGAGACAGUGAGCGACCCCUGCUUCUCCAGCCCCUGUGGGGGCCGCGGCUACUGCCUGGCCAGCAACGGGUCCCACAGCUGCACCUGUAAAGCGGGCUACACGGGCAAGGACUGUGCCAAAGAGCUCUUCCCACCAACGGCCCUCAAGGUGGAGCGAGUGGAGGAGAGCGGGGUCUCCAUCUCCUGGCGCCCACCCGAAGGCCCAGCCGCCCGGCAGGUGCUCGACGGCUACGCGGUCACCUACGCCUCUUCCGACGGCUCCUACCGCCGCACGGACUUCGUGGACCGGGGCCGCUCCUCGCACCAGCUGCGGGCCCUGGCGGCCGGCAGGGCUUACAACAUCUCCAUCUUCUCGGUCAAGCGCAACGCCAACAACAAGAACGACAUCAGCAGGCCUGUGGUGCUGCUCACCCGCACGCGACCCCGCCCCGUCGAGGGCCUUGAGGUCACCAACGUGACUGCCAGCGCCAUCUCGGUGCGAUGGGCUCUGCACAGGAUCCGCCACGCCACCGUCAGCAGCGUCCGCGUGUCCAUCCGCCACCCCAAGGCCCGGGAGGACGAGUCCACCGACGUGGACAAGGGUGUGGACAAGUUCACAUUCAGGGCCCUGCUUCCAGGAAGGAGAUAUACCAUCUGGGUGACUGCCCUCAGCGGGCUGGGGGGGCAGGAGCGUCCCACCGAGAGCCUGGCCUCGGCGCCACUGCACGUGUGGACCCGGCCUCUGCCGCCAGCCAACCUGACCGCGGCCCGAGUCACGGCCACCUCUGCCCACGUAGUCUGGGACGCCCCCACUCCGGGCACCUCACUGGAGGCCUACGUCAUCAACGUGACCACUAGCCAGAGCACCAAGAGCCGCUACGUCCCCAACGGGAGGCUGGUGUCCUACACGGUGCGGGACCUGACGCCUGGACGGCGGUACCAGCUGUCGGUGUCGGCCGUGCAGAGCGCCGGGGGCGACCAGCUGCACAGCGAGCCUGCUCACCUGUACAUCAUCACCUCCGCGAGGGACGGCGCCGACCGACGCUGGCACCGGGAAGGACUCCCCCCGCGCGCGCUCAGAACCCGACCGUCCCCCGCGCGCCUGCCGGAGCUGCGCCUGCUCAACGACCCCGGCGCCCCCGCACCGCCGACCCAGGCCCCCAGGUUCUCAGAGCUCGUGGACGGCAGAGGACGAGUGAGCGCCAGCUUCCGCAGCUCGCCUGGCAGACGGGUCACCGUGAGAUCACAACCCACGGCUCUGGUGCAGCUGGAGAACGCGGAGGAGGUCCCCGAGCGGGUCAGCCUGGCCCUGCAGCUCCCCGGACAUAGUGGUGACCAGGGCGUGGAAAGUGCCCCUGGGAGCUGCUCAGAAAACCCCUGCCAGAACGGAGGCACCUGUGUGCCUGGCGAGGCCGCCCACAGCUGUGACUGCAGCCCGGGCUUCAAAGGCAGACACUGUGAGCUUGCCUGUAGAAAGGUGCCCCAGCCCUGCACACGGCUGUUCUCGGAGACAAAGUCCUUUCCUGUCUGGGAAGGAGGCAUCUGUCACCACGUGUAUAAAAGAGUCUACAGAGUGCAUCCAGACACCUGCUUCAAAGAGAGCUGUGAGAGUACGCGCGCCAGGACCCCAGACAGGAAACAAAGUAACAGUCCUACACUGAGGAAAUCUUAAGGAUCAGGAUGCUCUUGUUACGCUCCAUCAACCUCACGAGUUUCUAAAGCCCAGGAAGACGAGGUCUAAAAUUGGAUUGAAAACAAGGUCCUGGCUGGAGUCAGUGCCCUGAGCGGCGUCUCUCCUCUGGCCUCUGGAAGACAGACGGCCAGGCCAGGCAAGCACCAGCCACCUCCUUGCCCAGCUACAACCAGGGAGACCUCCGGGACAGAACCCACAUCUGACAUAGCCCAGGCUGCAGUCUUCAAGGGGGCAGUCUGCGCCACGGCGAACGCAUACCCAUGGCGCACACGUUAGCCCUGGAUGGCAAGGCUGUCCACCAGGAAUGCUUUCGCAACCUUCAGAAACCAGUUCUCAGAUUCCAAAGUCAGAGAAAGAAUUCUCCCUUUGAGAGCUAGCAACAAAACUGAGGAACUGCUAUCGACAGCUUCCAAAGCAGAGACGGUGGCGCUGGGAGGAAGGGGCAGAGAUGAGGCCACACCGGAAGCGCUUCGCCCGGCUCUCCUCCGCCAGCAGAUUAUUUAUGCUGAUCGUUCGCAGGCUAGUGCUCCAUCAUAUGGACCAGCUGACUUUGAGAGAGAAAAUGGUAACACUAAGGCGGAGCUUAGACACUUUUUACCUACAACCUUUUCUGUAAAGGUCAGACAGUAUUCUUGGCUUUGAGGAUCCUAUGGUCUCUGUGGCAAUGACUCAGCCCUGCAGUUGUACCACAAAUGCAGCCAACGGACGUGUGACUGACCAGGCGUGGCUGGGUUCCAAUAAAACUUUAUUUACAAAAACAGGCAAGGCCGAGCUGGCCCAUGUGCCACACUGGGUUAACCCCUGGUCUUCGAGGUCAUAGGCUUUGGCCUAUCCCCUGGAUGACAAGUUCCACCAAGGCACCAAAGACCUCAAGGGUUUCAUGGAAACCUCAAGGGCUUCAAACCCCACUUGGAAAGUCAAGGCAACCCCUCUACCAAGUACAGCGAGGGCUCCUCCCACAAGCCUGAAUGCGAUGCUGGUUAAGGUUUCUCUUAGUCCAGGACUCAAGUAACGCUGUGUGGGGCCAUCAGGUAGUAAGCACCGUGUUCCACACGCUCCUCCUUCCCACACAGGUCGCCGCGUCAUCCUGCCACCCUGUUCUCUAGCACGCUUCUAAGCAGCGCUCGCUUCUCCCUGCAAGUGAGGUAAAAACCAAACAAGCCAACCCCACCUCUAGCAUGCUGAACAUUUUAGCAGCUGACCCAAACUGGAACUCAAGCCCCCGUGCAUCCUCCACUGACACUGCCCCGAGUCAGCGUCACAGCCACAGAAAGGGGCUCUUCCUUUCAUCUUUUAUAAAAAAAUCUUUUUUACAGAGUUCUAUUUUAGGCUUUUUAUUUUUAUUAAAGUUUUGUGUGCAUAUGUCUGUGUAUUAUGCAUUCUGUCAUUUUCAGCAAGGAGGAAUAGUCAUUUCGAAAAGUCUCUACUGUACUCCAGAAGUCUCCAGGGCCCCAGUCUCCAAGGCCCACCUGGAGAAGACGGCUGAUUGCAGUCCAGGGGCUCGGACACUGGGAGAAUCGAGAGAAAACCACAUUCAUAAACACGUACUGCUGACCUGUGCCGUGGCACUGGGACCUGUCACUGUGCAUCUGUGUAAGCUAUGGCAUCACGAGCAAACAGCAAGAUCAAGUGAUAUCACUGGAAAGAAGACGAAACCCUCUACUACCAUGUUAAUAACCUCAAGCCCCUCAGCCACGAGGCAAGCGUAACGUGUUCCAGUCUUUAGCUUAGAAGCCCUUGUUUCUACAAGAAACAGUCUACUGAAUCCUGAGCUUGGUGCUGUGUUUUCUUAUGAUUAACCCACUUUGAUGUUUCAUAAGUUAAACAUCUAGUAAAAGACUUCCUGAUGCUAAAGGAAUUAUAAUUCAUCUUUGAACCAUUACAAAUGAGCCACUGCUUUUUUCCACACGGCUCCUUCUUAAAACUCUAACGUCUUCCUUGGAGAUACUCAAGGUCCACCCCCCAAAAUCAGCAAAAAUGGAAUCAAAAAAGUGUCAGGGGCAUACACAUUUCUGUGUCGAAAUGAAAGGAGCAAUCCUGAGUUGCCGAGUUAGCCUUGUGUUAAUCAAAACUUGGAUCGACUAACCACGUAACGGAGCUGAGGUUUAAGAUUCUGGUCGUCCCGACCGGGGAG